UGUUAUUUUGUUUGUGUGCAGGACAAGCGAUGUGCUGAAAUUGCCCAUUCUCCAUCCCUGGAUGUGUUUUUACCAGAAGAUGAGGACAACCCUUACGAGUCAGUGGCUACAGCUGUCACACGCAAACCCUGCUCUCUGGACAUCCACCUCCACAACGCCUGUCCUCGCAAUGGCCACUUCUCACAUGUUUCGGUCAGAGAUGCUGAGCAAAGUAACCAUGGUGAUGAUUCUACAGGCCUGACUCCUGACUGCUCACCUCCUUCACCUGAUACUGCCCUGAGGAACAUUGAGAGAGUCAUCCGCCCGCAGCCUGCUAAAAAUGCUAGCGUCAGACUGGCUGGUGUCGUUCGUUGGCCUGCAGGAUGGAGCUGACUAGAAUGUCUACAGCUUAAUAAAGGAGUUAAUACAAUUUGGUAUCGAAGUCACUGAAGAGGAGAGGAAAAAGUUUGAAGACAAUGAUGUGGAUGGAGGGACUGUUGACAUCGGACUGACUGAGUCAAUGAUUUCAUUCCUUUUUGAGGGAUCAUUUAAAAAACAAGCAAAAUUUCAUCGAUUUGUUCAGCAGAUGAAGGAGACAGUGACAUUAACUCUUGAACCUGUGCCUGUAGAAAGCCAGUCAAGAGCUGGAGCAAGUAAUAUCAGCCCAUCAACAGCUUUCCCUGCAUUUUUUGAAGUUCCGAAGUUUCCAUUUGAUGUUCAGGCCAAGUUGGACCGAAAAGAAUGCAGACUAACGUCAUCAGACCGAAACAAAAUUAUUAGAACGUUGUAUAAAAGCAUGGCUCAGUACAAAAUGUAUCCAACUACAGAGGAGUAUGUUCAAGUGGCUAAGGCCCUGACUCUGAGGUAUCCCUUUUUAAAAGACAAAGAGGGCAAUGGAUAUCACACUUGGCACAUGUCUCUGAAACGCAAGUUUAAAUUUGAGCGGACACCUUUGGCUGAAGUUGAAGAAGUGAAAAGACUUAAACAGAAGUUUGGUCAUUCAAAAAAGUCUCUGCAACCUGAAGAAAGCAGUUGCAAAGAAAUUACAAGGCCUUUGGAGAUUAAUGCUGUUGGAGAGGAUGCUACAUCAAUAGAGGGACAUGUGAAAGUCCUGCAGGACCAAUAUAGAAGGACACAGCCAGAGACUCACAUUGUUGAAGAUCGAAUAAGGAGGACCUUUGCCUGGAGGCGGCAGGAGAUUACUAGUGGUAUGACUUUUGAAGAUGUCGUCAACAAAUAUCCAUUCUUGAAGAGUCCAUCAGGGCUUUAUCAAGAAAUUGGUUUCCUGUAUAAAUGUGUUCAACUGAGGCCGCCAUUUUCGAGAACAUUUUGGACACAUUACAUCAAGCGUGCUACGGCUCGCUCAAGGGAAAUCCCCUCUAGCAAAGCUGCACAAAGAAGCUAG